UGAAGAGAGGGAGGGGCCGCACUGAGCAAGAGAAGGGGAAAAACAAGGAAGAGCUCACAAGCUGGCUGAUCGCUGUUUGGGAGAGCUCUCCUCAUUUUGUGCCUUGGAGACGAAGAAGAAAAGAAAUUUGCUGUGUUGGUGGGUUUCUCGACAUGGAUGUCCCGGAUUCUCCGCAUGGGAAUAUGGGGCUGUUAAGGACCUUUGACUCUUCUGAGUUUGGCAGCUGGGAGAAAAUAGGCUCAGGUGGAUUUGGACAGGUAUACAAAGUCCGGCAUGUUCAGUGGAAAACAUGGCUGGCCAUCAAGUGCCCCCCCUGCCUUCAUGUGGAUGACAAGGAGCGUUUGGAGCUGCUAGAGGAGGCCAAGAAGAUGGAGGCGGCCAAGUUCCGAUACAUUCUGCCGGUGUAUGGGAUCUGCGAGGACCCCCAGGGCCUCGUUAUGGAGUACAUGGAGACGGGAUCCCUGGAGAACCUGCUGGCCACCGAGCCGCUCCCCUGGGAGCUCCGUUUCCGGAUCAUUCACGAGACGGCGGUCGGCAUGAACUUCCUGCACUGCAUGAGCCCGCCGCUUCUUCACCUGGACCUGAAGCCCGCCAACAUCCUGCUGGACGCCCACUACCACGUCAAGAUAUCUGAUUUCGGCCUGGCCCGGUGGAACGGCCUGUCACGGGCGGAUGACAUGAGCAGAGACGGCUUCUGCGGCACCAUCGCCUACCUGCCGCCCGAGAGCAUCAUAGAGAAGGACAGGGUGUCGGACACCAAGCACGACGUGUACAGCUUCUCCAUUGUGAUCUGGGGAAUUCUCACACAGAAGAAACCCUACCAAGGAGAAAACAACAUCCUGCAGAUUAUGGUGAAAGUGGUGAAAGGGGUUCGUCCUGACCUGGGAGCAGUCCCACGAAGUCGGCCAUCCACCUGUGCAGGUUUCCUGAACCUCAUGCAGCGUUGCUGGGCCCCGAAGCCUGAGGCCAGACCCAGCUUCCAGGAAAUUACAUCUGAGGCUGAAGAGCUCUGUUCUAAACCUCAAGAGGAGCCCAAGACCCCUUCGUUGCCAUCCUCAUCAGAGCCAGAGCCAAUGUCCCCGAAUCCACUCACCACUGGCCAGGGUGAUGACAGCAAACCAGUCCGUCCAAAGUCAGCCAUGUUGCCGGAAAAAGACUACAGCCUGUCGGAGCUGCUGAGCCAGGUGGACUCUGGGAUCUCCAAGAGCUUUGAUCGUCUCAAGGAGGACAGCUGCCACAGCAAAGAGAAUACCUGCAAGAGACUGUCCGGCAUCUCCUCUGCAGAUUCGGCCUUCUCCUCCCAGGACUCCAUCACCCUGUCCUUUGAGAAAGAAAGCACAAUUGAUUCUGCUGAAGUCCAGAAACGGAAGUUGUGCGAGGCCAUCAGAACCAAAGAUACUGCCAAGCUGAUGAAGAUCCUUCAGCCUCAGGAUGUUGAUCUCCGGCUCGAUGGAGGAAGCAGCCUCCUCCAUCAUGCCACCUCUUUGGGAAAUGAGGAGGCUGUCAAGUUCCUCCUGCUGAACAAUGCCAAUCCCAAUCUUGCGAACCACCGUGGCUCCACGCCCCUCCACCUGGCCACGGAGAAGCACCUGAAGCCGCUGGCUGAAAUUCUGCUCAGUCGGCGCAGCACCAACGUCAAUGCCAAAGACGAGGACCAGUACACGGCUCUGCACUGGGCCGCCCAGAAUGGAGAUGAAGCCAUCACCCGCCUGCUGCUGGAUCGAGGGGCGGCCAUCAACGAGACCGACGGCCAGGGACGCACGCCGGCUCACGUGGCGUGCCAGCACGGCCAGGAGCACGUGAUCAGGGUGCUGCUGAGCCGCGGUGCUGAUGUCCGAAUAAAGGGCAAGGACAACUGGACGGCGCUCCACUUCGCCGCCUGGCAGGGGCACCUGGGCAUUGUCAAGCUGCUGGUCAAACAGGCGGGCGCCGACGUGGAUGGCCAGACAUCGGACGGCCGCACGCCUCUGCAUCUGGCCUCCCAGAGGGGCCAGUACAGAGUGGCACGGAUUCUGAUUGAGCUGGGGGCAGACGUCCACAUGAGGUCAGCUGGGCUGAACGCGCCGCUUCACGUGGCGGCCGAAACGGGCCACACCAGCACCUCGCGCCUCCUGAUUAAACACCAGGCCGACAUACAUGCCCAGAACUCGGACGGACUCACACCUCUCCACAUGGCCUCGCAGAGGGGUCACCUGGCCACCGUCAAGAUGCUUAUCGCAGAGGGCGCUGACCCCUACAGAUCCACCCCGGCCCUGCGCACCGCCUGCCACCUGGCUGCAGAGGGCGGACACUGUGAGGUUCUUAAAGAGUUGCUCAUUCACUGCCCAGAAGGCGGCGGCCAGUCAGACGAGCAGGGCCUCAGCCCGCUGCACCUGGCAGUGCAGGGCGGACACUCCAACAUCAUCACCAUGCUGCUGCCUCAGGUCUGCCAGGACUUAGUCACGGAGAGGGCGGAGCAGCCAGCGGCCGAGGAGCCCACGGCGCUGGAGGCCAAGCGGCUCCCGAGGAAGGUCGUCAUUCUCAAACUGACGGAGCACAAAGACUCCCCACAGUCCCCCAGCUCGCAGUGUGCUUCAGCGCCAUGCUAACCAGAGCAGGAACACAGCCCAAACUGUACAGAGCCAUCUUCCAUGUAGUUUAUUUUUUCUUUCGUCAACUCUUUGCUGCCUCACACUCGGGUAGGGGAUCAUCAUUCCAAUCUUAAGUGACUCUUUGGAGGUUUGAAACACUGUUGGUGGAACUUUCCUAAUGGUUGUAAAAGCUCAAAAAGAUGUAAAUAGGACCAAUGUAAAUACGAACUAUAAAUACCUGUAUUAUGUUUUAAUUUAGGCUUUUAUUAAACAAGCAUUUUUUUACUUAACAAGCGCAAUAUUUGUAUGGAAUUUGAUGAUUGAAAUGGAAAAGCUGUGUCCUUCGUGGACAUAUUUGUUUUUCUACACUGCAGUCUGUCUCCAGUAUUUCUUUGCACAAAGACAGAUGCAAUAAGAUCAGAAAUGUAUUAGACCCACUGCCUCUGGACAUUUUUUUAGGGGUCUGUACUUGUUACGAAGCAGUCAUCACCCAUUAAAACAGUUUGAAUCGA